AAAAAAGAAGAGAAAGAGAGAGCAACAAUGAAGUAGAAAAAGGGAAGAGAAAGAGAUCAAUGAAAAGAAGAAAUCGACGUAGAUAUCGUUUUUGGAAAAAAACUCUCAUCUCAUACCGUGUAAACUCCACUUAAAUUCGCUGAUUCUGUAGUGUGAAUAUCCCUUGUCAAUAGACAAAUAACUUGUGUUUUCUUGUCUCGCUGAAGCAUCAACAAAAUAUAUUUAAUUAUUGAUUCGGUUGUGCACAUUCAAUUUGCAAUUUGUUGGUGCACAUUUUGAAACAAACGAUUUCAUAUAAUGUCCACGAUGGCUAAGGGUUCUAAGGAAAUGUUCGUGGUUAAUUUCAAGGAAAUACCAGAGACGAUAUGCGUGGAAACAAGGUUUAUAACACGAGCCGGGGCAAAUCAAAAGAAGGACCAAAUGCUCUUCUAUAUGAAUGUUAAUCAGGGUCAAAUUGAGCUAUCGAAAUAUGAAGUUCCGCCGGCCAAUGUUAAUAAGGCUGCAAUUGUCUCUUCCCAACAUAAGAGUCUACCGGCUAUUAGAAAUAAGCAACCGGCAGUAAGUGUUAGAAAUAAGACAAUGGUUUUAAGCAAUCCUAUCACCGUAUCAUCUAUGAUGACAAAUACAAACUUACAUACACCUCCUCAGUAUGGUACUGUAUCGCCCAGUGCUCAAUUGGUAACAGUCACGCAGCAGUCAUUGGGGCUGUCAAUGAGUGCUCCGUAUAAUGUACGGAUAUUGCCGGAAACUUCAAACUCCAUAUUAAACACUGUACAGUCUCCAAUGUCGACAGUUAAUCAUCUGACCAUGCCAAAUCCCGUUAUGCCAACUGUGAACUAUAGUGCAGGACAAGUUUUAAUGAACAAUCCCGUCUAUAGAAAGGAUACAGAAUGUAUGACGGAACCAAGAGCCUCAAUUGUUCACCGAGAACAGCAAACGGAUAUAACAAUUUCAGGGUUCAUCUCGAUAGCCGUGCAGUGCAAUCGUGACGAUGAUUUUGAAGAUAUAAUGGAUAAUAAAACAGACAGCAUGGAUUGUGCGGCCACGCAACUAACUGAAGAAGAACAAAAAGAAGAAUUUUUAAAAUAUGUAAAAGAAAAUUCGGUGGAAUAUAAAAACUACAGAGAGUGCUUGAUAUGCGGCGAAGUAUGCAAGAGGACCCAGUAUUUCUAUGGUCACAUGGCGGUACAUAGAGGUCCGAAAGUUCUAUGUUUUGCUUGUGGACUAAAUCUGGAUCAUGAGACUCUAUUGAAUAAACACCAUUGUAACGCCUCAAAGCGAAUUGUCAGAUCACUCCUCAAAUGCCCGUUUAAAAAAUGCAAAGUGGUAGCUGUCUCACGAUUAGAGCUAUACGAUCAUAUUAAUGAGCACAAAAAAUAUCGCCUUCAUAAGUGCUCAGCGUGCCAGAAAGCUUUUUGCACUACACAGGAGUUUCUACGUCAUUUGCUGCUAAGAGCAAAUUGCUAUACGGAGGCGAAAAGAACCCGAAGCCGUUUGUAUGGCCUAACUUCCAAAAUAGAUCGGACGUGUCGCAAUCGAGUCUUUACUAUGCACACACAUUCUAAGACAACUGCCAUGGUAAAGCGUUUGCUGUCUACGCGACGAAACCGUGGAGGUAAUCUUUGCGAAAUGUGUUUUAGACACUUUAAAAGCAAAUUUAUCUUUAAUCGGCACGUAAAGAAGUGCGCUGCUAUGUUGCAAAAAGUAUCGGAGAACAAAAAGGAACAACCGACUAAUGGCAUUUCACUGCAAUGACGACGCUUUUUAGGCCAUGAAGCUAAUCUAUCGAGCGGAAUGAAACAAUUCCUUGACUUUAUCACGGAUUAUACUAAAUUUAGGAAUACCCAUUAAAUUUACGUGAUACUAGUGUCACUUUCUUUGAAGUUUUUGUUUUAUUUUUCUAUAACGAAAGUUCUCAAUUGUAUAUAUUGAUUUACAAAUAAAAUCAAUCAACAAUCUCGA